AUGUGUUCCAUUACACCCGCCCGUGACCGUCUCCCACCAGAGAUAUGGCUUCACGUCUUCCAUUUCGUGGUAGCGCUCGAGCCCAACGAUACCCUCGAACUUGAUCGCGUGAGGUCCGACAUCGAGGCUGAACAAAGGACGUCGGGGGCCGUGCCACCUGCCACACUAGGUCCCGACGCAUCCAUGACCACCCCCGCCGUCCGAGUAGUCACCGAAGCCAGCGAGGGCCUUACCUCGCACGAGAGUAAGGUCAGAUAUAGGAGACCCGCCACGCUGCGGCCCCGCCGCUACCUCCCCGCUAUGGCCGUCGUGUCCCACAUCUGUACUCAGUGGCGCCACAUCGCUCUCGCCCACAGCUCCCUAUGGGCCAUCAUCAGACUCCUCCACCACGGCUUAUGGCCUUACCAGUUCUUAAUUCGCUCCCAGAGUCCAGUACCCGAAGUCCCAGACAGAAAGAAGUUGGACGUAUGCCUUGAUCUCAGCGACGUGGGUAACAUCGACGGCACACUUUCGUUGUUGGUUGCCUCUAUGGCUCGCGUCGAAUCACUGUCUCUUGCGGCGGGAAUUUGCGAAGUAGAAGAUGCGGAGGCUGGACGUGGCCCGAGAGACCUCAUGAACCGCGUGCUCGACCGUUUGGCAGUCUGUGAGGCUCCCGUCUUACGAUCCAUCACAUUCACUCUCUUCGACGACAAUUACGACCAAGGUCCCGAACAGGAAAGUGAUGUCGACGAGGAUGUGAACGAGGAAGCGUCCGGGGACGCAGGCAAUGGGGGUGAUGCAAAUGAAGCGGGAGGGGAUACGAAUAUCGGACAGUCCGACGGCGAGGAGGAGAUGUGGGAUGAUAUCGACGGCCACGACGACAACGGCGAUGUCCCUUCUCAUCGGAGAGAUGUAGAACCCUGGGAAACAGUGGGACCGAUCGCGAUUCCCGCUCAGAUCUUCGAAGGCGCCCCCCCGCCUUAUUUGACCCACCUAUCUGUCACGGCGCCACUCCACAUCUCCCCUUCCUCACCAGCAUUCACCAAUAUCACAAACCUUUCACUAUUCGAUAUAUCCGAGAAGGCCUUCUGGAACGUCGUUCAUUGCACACCUCUGUUAGAGGAGCUGUACGUGGCGUUCCAUAGCCAUUUUCAUGUCCCCGCAGCCUCACCUCUCACCACCGAGACCUUGGUCAAGGACCUCGUAUUUUUAUCACGCUUGCGGGAGUUGCGAGUACGAAAUUCACGGGUUUCCUCCUUCCGCCGAUUCUUCCACCACGUUAUCGAGGACGGUCGCCCCCCCUUGCGACGCCUUAUGUUCGAUAUACGCGCAUUUGUUCCUAUGGGACGCGCUGACGCGAAGAGGUUGUGGCGCGCCAUCAAACCAAUGCACGCACAGAAUCCGUUCGACAUCAUCAAUAUCUCCGUCUCUGACUGGGGAGGUCGCUUCGUCGUGGGCGGCGGCCCGUCAUCCAUUUUAGACACACCCCUAUGGCAGUGUCCUUGGGCGCUCAUCGGAAUCGUGUGGCCCUUUAGGAUUGAGGUAUCGAUGGAAUACGACCCGACUUCCGCUUCGCCGUGGGUCCAUCUCAUGUGGCCAGACAUUAUCAUUUCCCCCUCUCAACUCGCUCUCAGUCAUGACCUCGGAAGGUUCUUCCCGAGUCAAUGGUUGGAUGUGGCUCGACGUUUCCCCUACGUGGAAACUCUCAAGAUAGACGACCCGCUCAUGCUGAUUCUUACGACCCUGUGGUCCGAAUCAUCAUCAUCCAAGAUCGAUUCUUUCCCAUACCUGAAGACUUUGAUCAUCACAGCCGACGAGAUUCCACGAGCGUGGAGACCUUACCCGCCACCCGAUGAACGCCUACAUCUCAUGCGGCGGGCCUUAACGGUGAUCGGGUCAUCCCUGAAUCGUAGACCUCUGGAAAGAUUGGUCUUCAUGCAGUGUGACCCGGCUUUCGACGAGGGGGAGUUGAGACUCAUGAAGGAAUUGGCCGGUGCGCGCAGAGCAGAGAUGGUUUGGGUGUCGAUGACGCGGAGCGAGCCUGUGACGACGAUCCUGUAA